UCUUCCAGGUUUGCCUUCACUGACACACAUGCUCUUGUGUCCUACCUUCCCAAGAGGUCUAGGAAUGUGCUUCUGAUGAGCACCCUUCACAAGGACGCAGCUGUCAGCAACAGGGAGGACAAGAAACCCCACAUUAUCCUGGACUAUAACAAGAACAAAGGAGGAGUCGACAAUCUCGACAAGGUUACCGCUGUGUACAGCUGUAAAAGGAUGACAGCCCGUUGGCCCCUGGUGGUCUUCUACAACAUUCUCGAUGUGACUGCCUACAACUCCUUUGUACUGUGGACAGAGAUCAACCCAACAUGGUACCCGGGGAAGCCUCAGAAGAGGAGGCUGUUUCUCGAGGUGCUCGGGAGAGAACUGGUGGAGCCUCUCAUAAAACGACGCCAGGUUCUUCCCCGCACCCCAGCCUCUGCCAGCGUGGUUUUGGCUGUCCAGCGGCGUGUAUCCUCUACCUCUGCAGGAGCUUCCCCCAGCCCCAGCCCCAGCCCCACCAAGGCUGCCCGCCCCAGCCCCAUCAAAGCUCCUUCUCCCAGCCCAUCGGCCAAAAGGAAGAGGUGCCGAUUCUGCCCCUCCAAGAAAGACAACAAAACGACCAUCACAUGCCAAAAAUGCUGUGUGCAUAUUUGCAAAAAACACACCAUUACACUCUGCCACUUUUGCAGAUGAAGGCAUACUCACACACACACACACACACACACACAUACACACACAGACACACGUUUUUCUAUGCUUUUGUAUUCUGUGUUUAGUUUUUUUUGUCUUCGUUAAAGUUAAAGCAAAAAGUUUAACCAAAUCUUUUAGUUUAGAGAUAAAUGUUGUCUGUGCUUUGUAAAAGAAAAAAAGUUCCUCUUUUUUUUUGCAUUCUGUUGU